CAAUCAAGUGAAAAUGGCUGGUCAAACAAAUACUGCUCAUCCAUGGCAUGACUUAGAAAUUGGCGAAGAAGAUCCAUCAGUUUUCAAUUGUGUGAUUGAAAUUGGACAAGGAAGCGAGGUUAAGUAUGAACUGGACAAGAAAAGUGGACUUACAAAGGUUGAUCGCAUUCUUUACUCAUCAGUUGUCUACCCACAUAACUACGGGUUCAUUCCAAGAACCCUUUGUGAAGAUCAAGAUCCCUUGGAUGUCCUAGUUCUGAUGCAGGAGCCUGUGAUACCUGGUUGUUUGCUGCGUGCCCGUGCUAUUGGAUUAAUGCCCAUGAUUGACCAGGGAGAGAAAGAUGACAAGAUCAUAGCAGUUUGUGCUGAUGACCCUGAGUACCAACAUUACACGGACAUCAAACAGCUUCCUCCACAAAGGCUUGCUGAAAUUAAAAGAUUUUUCGAGGACUAUAAGAAGAAUGAAAACAAAAAAGUCAAUGUUGAAGACUUUCUACCAGCUGAAUCUGCUGUUAAGGCUAUUAAACACUCCAUGGAUCUAUAUGCUGAUUAUGUUGAAAAACUUAAUGAAGUGACUUCUUUGAAAACUGAUUAGCAGCAAAUUGCAGCGACAUAUUCAAUUAUAUUUGUAAAUGUCUAUGAAGAUCAUCACUUUGAUUUGUUUUUCAUGCUAUCGCGUUACUACGCUACAAUGACUGGCUUCAACUGAUUGAUGCCUAACUCUUUUGAUUUGUUUUUCUUGUAUUAACAGUUCUUGUGCUUUACCUCCAAGUUACUUUAGAUAUAUGGCAGUGUAUGGUACAUUCAAAUAAAUAAGCAC